AUGAUGUCGGGAGAGAAACGCCCUGCUCAAGCAGCGUUCGGGUCAUCGAAUCAGCUCGUCGUGAAACGCAAGAAGUCCGAUAAUGAACUUAACCCGAGUACUUCGGUCGUUAAGAGCUCAGCUCAGAAUGGGUCCUUAAUACAAGCUGUUCCGCGUACUAGCGGGCUGGAUGCUCCCAUUAUGGAGCUUAAUGGUCACUCGGGUGAAGUCUUCUCGGUGCGAUUCGACCCAACCGCGCAACACAUUGCAUCCGGCUCGAUGGACCGGUCUAUUUUGCUCUGGAAUACCUACGGCCCAUGUGAAAACUACGGCAUCCUAUCCGGCCAUCGAGGCGCGGUUCUCGACCUGCAAUGGUCACGAGACUCCCGGACAAUAUUCUCCGCGUCGGCGGACGCAACACUCGCUAGCUGGGAUUUGGAAACCGGACAACGGGUACGUCGACACGUGGGACACGAAGAAAUCAUCAACUGUCUCGACAUCAGCAAGAGAGGACAGGAGUUGUUGAUUAGCGCAAGCGAUGAUGGCUGUAUCGGCAUCUGGGAUCCUCGCCAAAAGGAUGCUCUCGAGUAUCUGGAGACGGAACUCCCAAUCACAGCGGUUGCUCUGUCCGAGGCAGGAAAUGAGAUUUACAGCGGCGGUAUCGAUAACAUGAUCCAUGUUUGGGAUAUAAGGAAGAAAGCCAUUGUCUACUCCAUGGCUGGACACACAGACACCAUUACAUCCCUCCAAGUCUCGCCAGACUCGCAAGCCCUUCUCUCCAACUCUCACGACUCGACAGUACGCACGUGGGAUAUCCGGCCUUUUGCGCCUACCAACCGCCAUGUGCGCACGUACGACGGUGCACCAGUCGGGUUGGAAAAAAACCUCAUCCGGGCUAGCUGGGACCAGACAGGUGAGAAGAUUGCGACAGGAAGCGGUGACCGGAGUGUCGUUGUAUGGGAUGCCAAGACAGGGAAGCUCUUGUACAAGCUUCCUGGUCACAAGGGUACUGUCAACGAUGUGCGAUUCUCGCCGAAUAACGAGCCUAUCAUUGUUUCUUGUUCGUCUGACCGGUCACUAAUGCUCGGGGAAUUGGGCAAGUGA